AUGAACCUUUCAGAUCAAACCUUCUGUGAAUUCUUAGCUCUGUGCAGAACAUAUUUCCCAUUACCACAAAACGAAACUGCAAUAGUGAAAGACUGGUGUGGAGGCGUGAGUUGCGACCCCUCUUUAGGAAAGCUCAUCCAAAAGCUCGCCCGAGGACCAAAAUCUGCAGCCCUAACUUCUCUUCUAUGUAUGGGAUACAUCACUCAAAACAAUCUCACUAAUAAGAACUCCCUGCAUAUACUCCCUCUCCAAAAUCGGCGUACUAAUCCCAUCCCCAUCCCCAUCCUCCUCGUCAUCCUUCCCCAAGUCCCUCUCGAUCGACACCUCAAGACUCCACCUCCUCGCCAGCCUGUCAUUACUAUUCACCCGACUCUUCUCUUUCCUCAAAUCAGACAACAACAACAGACCUCGUUUUCUCAGAGCAUCGAGUGGCGCCUUACUCUUACUCCCUCUCGGAUAAAACGUGCCUUUCCCAUCCUUCAACCCUUUAGUCCACGUCCCAAUAUAGCAACCCCCAUCAUCGGCCCAAGUCCACUUUCCUUCAUAAGUAUCUCCGUUGACCCAAGUCAACGUCCCGUCCCCCGACAUUUUCCCGCCUUUCAUAUUCCCAUUGUACUCAUUCCCAUUAGCCCACAAAUACCGAACGUGCCCCUCGGGAGUCCCGCGAAUCCACGACCCUUCGAGAAUAUCGCCGUUGGAGAAUCUUUGGCGGCCGAGCCCGUGCUUGAGAUUCAAUCUCCACCGUCCGUCGUAUUUGGUGAGAUCUGGUCGAGUAAAAGUGCCCGGGCCAUGAAUGUAGCCGCCCGAGAAUUCGCCUUCGUAAAACGAGCCUGA